CCCCAAACCCACUUUGCCCGAAGAUGGCCUUCCCCGGCUGUUCUCCAUGCGCUUCUGUCCUUACGCCCAGCGGGCUCACCUCGUCCUGAACGCCAAGAACGUUAAAUACCAUACCGUCUACAUCAAUCUCACCGAGAAACCGGAAUGGCUGGUGGAGUACAGUGCUCUCCUGAAGGUUCCAGCCCUGCAGUUAGCAGGGGAGAAGGGCCAACCCUCUCUCAUUGAGUCGCUGGUGAUUGCCGAGUACCUGGAUGAGAAGUACCCUCAGAACCCCUUGCUGCCAAAGGAUCCCCUGAAGAAGGCCCAGGACAAGAUCCUUCUGGAGCGCUUCAAUGGAAUCACUGGGGCCUUUAUGAAGAUUCUAAUCCAGAAUGCCAAUAUCGAAGAGUUUUGGGUGGCGCUGGAUAUUUUCGAGCAGGAGCUGACCAAGCGCGGAACACCCUACUUUGGUGGUGACAAGCCCGGCUUUGUGGAUUACAUGAUCUGGCCAUGGCUGGAGCGUCUAGCUGUGCUGGAGUUUGUCACUAAGGAAAGCUACAGCUUCGAUGAGAAGAGAUUCGCUAAAGUCUCUAAGCUGGUCAAGCUCUUGAAGGAGGAUGCCGUGGUAAAGUCCUUCUACGCUACCCCGGAGCAGCACCAGGAGUUCUGGCGCACCCGCAAGGCUGGCAAGGCCAACUAUGAUCUUCUGGCUUCCUUGUAACUUGAGAUUUAAAAGCAUUUUUAUUUA